AUGGAUGAACUUGUGGAAGUCUUCCGUGUCCAAGUUCAACAACGAAACUAUCAAGGAGCAAGGGAGAUGAUGGAGGAACUCUUGGAGAUACAAACGAAGGAGUUGGGUGAAGAUCAUCUUUCUGUGGUCAAUUCACUCGAAUGCAUUGUCAUGGUUCUGAAGAGGCAAGGAAAUUUAACUGAAGCCUUGAAGACGCUCGAACGAGUUCUUGAGAUACAGUCGAAGCGAUUGGGUGAAAAUCAUAUCGAUACCGCAAAUACCUACAAGCGCAUUGGUGAACUCUCUGUGGAACAAGGUGACGGCGAAAAAGCCGAAGAAAUGUUUCGAAAAGCGCUCGAUAUCAAGCUCGAAAUUCUGCCAGGGGAUCAUGCGGAAGUCACGGAUCUCUACCAUGUUUUAUCGGGACUGCUGCAAGGGCACGGAAAAUUUGCGCAAGCCAAAAAGAUGCAAAAGGUCUUGCUUGCGACGUUGCUACAAAUGCACGGGGAGGACCACCCCGCCGUGGUAAAAGCAUACCAAGGCAUUGCCGGGCUGUUGACGAAACAAAAUAGGUUGGACGAUGCCAUUCAGAUGGCUGAUAAAAGCAUUGAAAUUUGUUCACGACUCCAAGGGCGGAGAGGCUUUGACAAGACAGCAAUGGCAGGAGCACUCCUCUGCAAGUCAAAAUGCCUUCAAUUGCAAGGAAACUUGGACGGUGCCACGGAGCUGUUGACCAAGUUGCUAGUGAUACUAAAGGAAAUAAAUGGAAAUGACCUUCCAACAGCACUGACCUAUGAAGAUCUGGCACUAGCAUAUGUCGGUCAAGACAUGACAGAUGAUGCCAUCAAGGCGUACGCGAAAGCCAUCCAAAUUCGCAAAACGUUGUAUGGUGCCAAUGGUCAUCCUCUUAUUCAGGAGCAUAUGACUACCCUUCAAGUGUUAAAGCGCGAGAAGAAGGCGAAAGCACUGCACAAACAGGGACGCGUGGCAAUGAAGAAGGCAAAAGGCGAUUCGGAAAAGGCGAUGCGACUCUUUCGCGAGGCAAUGGGUAUCUACGAAGAAAUCAUUCCUCCUCAUCCCAAUGUGGACACUGCCUCUGACAAUAUUUCGGCUCUCUACGUUGAUAUGGCAGCAGCCUUUGAGAUGUUUUCGGACGCGAAAGUGAAGCAGGGUCUGCUGGAAGAUGCCAUUACUGCGAGUGCAACAGCCCUCAAGUUUCGUCGACGAACACUUGGGGACGAUCACAUUGACACAAAACGGCGUAUGGACGCGCAUAGGUCCUUGUUACAACGUCUCUUGGAGAAUCGGGGCUAG